GGGGUGGGGGGUAUCGGGGAAACUGGGGAAGAUGGGAGUGCUGGAGGAGAGUUGUGGGGUCCGAGGAGCACCUCGGCAUCUGGAGUCUGGCAGGAGUGUUGAAGGACUGAGGGGCUAGCUCAGGCAGUGCAAAGGCAGCAGGACCUGGGAGGAGGGAGCAUGGUGUGGUUCCCAGGCAUCGCAGAGGCUGGAAAACAUCGGGGCUGAAGGGCCUGAGCUAGGGUUGGUGUGGAAUGGGGAGCCAGACAUUCAUCCCGGUCACUUUUGGUUACAGGACGUGGCGGCUGGUCGGAUAAAGGGGAGCUGCUGGGAAGGGUUCGACCCCAGACCUGGGCAGUGAAGGUGUAGCUGGCAGCAGUGGGCAGGUGAGGACCGCCGUCUGCUGGGCAGGUGAGUCUCAGUCUUCUCUCGUGGCCUCGCUCCACUGACCUUCUAAAAGAAGGUUUAGAGAGCGAGGCCGGUGAGAAGAAGCGGCUGGCCUCCCAGCAGAAUGGCACAUAGAAAGGCAGGACAGUUAGCAAAGGAGACAUCGUCUCGGGGGGAGCCGAGACAGAACAAGGCUGGGUCACCCCAGGGUGGAAAGAGCAUUUAGAGAGAAGAAAGAAGAGGUGCAGGGCUGCCAGUAAAGACUGAGGCCGCUGCCUCCAGGGAGGUGAUAGGAGUCCUUGGAGACAGUGGCAGAGACCAUGGGAUCCAACAAGAACAGAAGCAUUCUAGGCUGGGGUCAAACAGGGCAAGGUGGGGUCACAAGACACAGAUGGGUCCCCAGCCGCCACCACAUCCCACCCACCGUAAUUCAUUUAGAAGCAGGUUCAAGAGUGGCUCUGGUGGCCUUUGCCAGAGCUUCGAUGGCCGGAGAAUGGGAAAGAAGGGCAGUGCAGGGUGUCACCAGGAGGGGAGUGGGGGCUGCAGGUAUUGGACUCCAGAGGGAUUUUACAGCAAGGAGGCUGCAGUGGGUCCAGCCUGCAGACACACCAUUCCCAUGAGGCACUGCGGCCCAGGGACUGGUGCGGAAAGGGCCCACAGUGGACUUGGUGCACUGUAUGCCCUAACCGCUCAGUCCCUGGGUCUGGCAUGACAGACAGGACAUUUCCAGGGGAGUCAAGGGCACAGGAUGAAGCCAGACAAGGCGAGGCAAGCAUGGCAGAAUGAAUGAGCUUUCUAGGGAGGGAGGUUGGGGGCAGGUAGAGCGAGGUAAAGCAGGUGAGGUGGUGAGAGCAGCGAGGCACUGGCCUCCAGAGUCCGUGGCCAAGGAGGGCCUUGCGGGCGGCGACGGAGCAGUGAUCGGUGUCUCGGAGAGCUCGGACUGGAGACUAGGCCACGUCUCCAGCAGAGGUGGAUGUGCCUGCCAGUCGCUGAAGGCGAGGAUGACAGGUGUGGUCAACUGAGAGAAAGACAUGACAUGGUCCGGUGUGAUGGAGAGGACAGAAGGACAGUCAUCCAGCCUUCCUGAAUACCAUGAACUGGCACCGUGGGACACUGCCGUAGAAACCGUCUGUUCUUUCACGUUUCCCAAAGAGCUAACACAUCUCUGCUGCUCUCUGGAUCCUCCUCCCCCUACCUUGAACCCUCAAGAUGAAAGAAAUGGUGCUACCCAGCUCACGUCUGGGCCUUUGAAUCCGGGGACUUCUUUAAGUCCGUCUAGUUCUGAAUCAAGAAUAUGCUGUACUCGGAACCACUACACUACCUGCCUCAGGAAUCGGCUCAAAGGUGAAGCUGAAAGAACAGACGGUGUCAACAUCUUGAAAGAGCAGACCUAUAGCACCCACCCACCCAGAGACUCCAUCUUCAUGGCCAACUCUGCCUGACCCGGGAGACCACCACCCACAUCAUCCUGGAGCCAAGCCUCUACCCCAAGAUGACUUCAUCAUCUCCCUCCUGUCUUUUUCUUCUUCCUCCUUUCCUGUAACUUUGUUUCUUUCCUUUUGUUCCUUCUUUGCUUGAGAGCCUCAAAGCAUCCGUGACUCUGUUUCCCCACUUACCCCUUUUGAAUUUGCACUAAGUCGAUUGCACUGGUUUGGAGUCCCGGAGAUAGCUCUGAGUCUCUCCGUAUGAAUGUAUACAGUGAAUGUGUAGGCCCCUUUGGCUAUGCCAUCCCAGUGCCCGCCUGUCAUCCAUCUCUGUCUGAGGGCAACUGGGUGUGGCCGUGUGCUUGAGGCCUCGCCUUCCCCUCGCCUAGUCUGGAAGCAGUUCCAUCAUAAAGUGUUCAACAUGCCCCACUUCAUCCUUUGCCCCUCCUCACCAGGGCCUCACCAGAGGUCCUGGAUCCAUCAAUAAAUACAGUUACAGUCA